AUGGGCGGGUCCAGAACACCAAAAUACCUAUCGAUUGAAUCCGAUACCUCUCUCAACACGCUGCGCGACCCUAGGACUAUGAGUACCACAGAUCUAUCUCGAACCGCUUCCUCCUCCCCAAGACAUCCCGACUUGAGCAAUGAAGUAGCAGCUUUGAGCGACAAGUUGAUUCAAGCGAUCAAUAACCAGACCAUUCUGGACGAUACCCUCGCUGCAACCCGCCAGGAACUAGAAUUGUCCCAGCAACGGAGUUACCAGCUCGAGGAGGAGAACAGGAAACAUCGGGAAGAGAUUGCUAGUGGUAUAUUGGUCAGACAGGACGUAAUAGCGUCAGAGAAAGUGAACCUUUUAAGAGAGUUGGAGGAAGAGAGGGGUCGCAGAAUAGCUGUUGAGAAGGAAAAGAAAGAGAUCGAACAGGAAUUAGCAGAUUUGACUGCCGCUUUGUUCGAAGAGGCCAAUAAGAUGGUGGCUGCUGCAAAGAAAGAGAGAGAAGCAGUUGAAAAACGAAAUGAGCAAUUGCAAACACAGAUCAGAGACACAGAAACAUUAUUGGCAUCGCAUCAGGAACAGUUAGCAGAACUAAAGUCAGUGAUGCAGCAUAUGAACAGCGAUAGAGACGAUAGUGACAUUCGAACCGACCCUUCAACUGCUCCAACUUCACCAGCUGCAGUUCAGUCACAAGGCAAUUUAAGCCGUUUACUUGAGGCCAUGAAUUUAUCGCCGACUACCCCUGGCGCUGGCGAUAUCUCCCCGGCGCCUUCAACAAGCUUCUCUCACCUGAUAAAAUCAGUCUGCCGAACCGAUAUCCAGGCCUAUGAGGAUUUUCAUACUCUGCUCCAUCAAUCUAAGAGCUCGAAACCGCCAAGUCGAGCCGUUAGUGGUUCCUAUGCAGGAUUGAAUGUUAUGGGAUUCGCGAACUUAACUGGCAACUAUACCGCUCCACAACAUCAACAUCGUUCAAGCGCACCCGCAACGUCCACGACAAGUUCUCCUUUGAACUCAUCGCCGAAUGGGAGCUCCGUUUCUUCUCGCUCAUCUACAUCAUGUGCCUUACUAAAGGAAUCAAAAUUUUACAAAAGAGUAAUAACAGAGGAUGUCGAGCCUACUUUAAGAUUAGAUAUUGCGCCGGGGAUAUCGUGGUUAACAAGACGCUCUGUUAUAGGCAGUAUUUGUGAUGGGGGCUUGGUUAUUGAACCUAUACCGGCUAUUGCCUUCAAGUACCCUCCGCCUUGCGCUCUCUGUGGUGAAAAGAGAAGCGGCGCUGAGCAUGCGCGGACUCACCGCUUCCGGACAUCCGACAAUGACUCAGCGCAAAAACAUCCACUCUGCAUACUGUGCCUUGAAAAGAUGAGGUCGAGCUGCGAUUUCCUUGGGUAUCUACGACUGAUAGUUGAAGGCCACGUGCGCAUCGGGGACGAGGAAGAUGAAAAAGAGGCCUGGGAGGAAACAGUCCGCUUAAGGGAACGUAUGUUUUGGUCGCGAAUUGGGGGCGGUGUCGUGCCUGCAUUCAUUCGAACGGAACCCUCUGAGAAAGACCCGUCUAUACGAAAUCUCGAUUCUCCCCUUCCGAAAAAGAGUUACGGCAGUUUGAUGGGAGGUACUCCAGCAGAUGGCUCGUCUAAUCUCGAGGGAAAUAACCCGAUAGCAAGCGAAGAGUUGCCCGAAGACCCCUUCGUCUCCAACACGAACAGAGCAUCGAUCGGAGGCACUAUAAUUUCUCGAAAGGAUACACAGGCAGAGAAAGCAGACGAACCCCCCCUGAACAGCGGUAGCUCCACGGAGGACGUCGACCCCCGCAAAACCGAAAACGGCCACAACGUUCAAAAUAUCGCUUCCAUAGAUCCCGAGGCUCCAUCAAAAUCCGAUCCUGAUAUCCCACCAAAAUCUCCUGUUGGGGCCGAUGCUCCUGAGCCAAGGCUUAAAGUGACCAUCCCGGCGGCUUUCAGAUUCUAG